GUCUAGGGUUCCUCCCCAUUCUGAUCUGAAAGCGGCUACAUUUUGCGGGUGGCCACUCUGGGCCAUGGAUACAACCUUUAGCGGUUUCAAAAUCUGUUUGUCGUCACGGUAAUAAAGGAACCUCCUUAAAUACAUCGUGCUCAGGCUGGUAAUUCGACUUCAAAUGAAAUAACAAAUGAAUUUAUUGGUCACAGACUUGGAGUGAGGUGUUGACCGGUGAAUGCAUAGAGUCAAGAAGGUCAAACUUUGUGACAAUAAAGAGGGUAUCUGGAAAAGCUGUGUGACUGUGAGCAUGACGGCUGUGGAUGGCCUGUUGGACAGCACAGAGGUGGUGGAGAUGGAGGAUGUCCCAUCUCAGUUCUUUGUGGAGAAGCAUUCUUGGGAGGGCCUUCGCGACAUUAUACAUUGUAGCAGGAAGUACUCAGGCAUGAUUGCCAACAAGGCCCCUCAUGACUUCCAGUUUGUGCAAAAGAAAGAUGAGAAUGGACCCCACUCCCACCGGUUGUACUACCUCGGAAUGCCUUAUGGAAGCAGAGAGAACUCGCUACUCUUCUCAGAAAUCCCCAAGAAGAUUCAGAAAGAGGCCCACUUAGUGUUGUCAUGGAAACAGAUGCUGGAUCAUUUCCAGGCUACACCACACCAAGGGGCCUACUCUCGAGAGGAAGAGCUGCUGAGAGAGCGCAAACGUUUGGGGGCGUUUGGUAUCACUUCAUAUGACUACCAUGCCAAGACUGGACUCUUCCUCUUCCAGGCCAGCAAUAGUCUUUUCUACUGUCAGGAUGGAGGCAACAAUGGCUUCAUUCAGUCUGCUCCUGUAAAGCCUGUGGAUAUCAAGACCCAGUGUUCAGGGACUCGUAUGGAUCCCAAGAUCUGCCCUGGAGACCCAGACUUCAUAGCCUUCAUCAACAAUAAUGAUCUGUGGAUAGCCAGCAUUAAGACUAGUGAAGAAAAGAGACUCACCUACUGCCACAAAGGUUUGGAUAACAUUAAAGAGGAUCCCAAGUCUGCAGGUGUAGCAACAUUUGUCAUCCAGGAAGAGUUUGACCGUUUCACUGGCUACUGGUGGUGUCCUACAGCAGUAGAAGAUUGUAAUGGAGGUAAAACAGUUUACCUUUUAUAUGAAGAGGUGGAUGAGACAGAAGUAGAGAUUAUUCAUGUUCCAUCUCCUGCACUGGAGGAGCGGAAGGCAGACGCAUAUAGAUAUCCCCGAACAGGGAGCAAGAAUCCACAGGCUACUCUUAAACUUGCUGAGAUUAAGACGGACCAUCAAGGAAGGAUUGUGAGGACGCUAGAUAAAGAGCUGGUCAUCCCCUUCACCUCCUUGUUUCCUGGAACGGAGUACAUUGCCAGAGUUGGAUGGACAAGUGAUGGCAAAUAUUGCUGGGCAGUGCUGCUGGACCGCAGCCAGAGGAAACUACAGCUGGUCCUGCUGCCUCCAGCCCUCUUCAUCCCCGUCACAGACGACCCAGCUGUGAGGCAAGAGAGUUUGGAGGCUCUACCCAGUAACACACAGCCAUACAUCAUUUACGAAGAGACGACUGACAUCUGGAUAAAUGUUCAUGAUAUAUUCUACCCCUUUGUUCAAACGAUGGAAGAUGAGUUCACGUUUAUCUGGGUAAAUGAAUCCAAAACAGGCUUCAGCCACUUGUAUAAAAUCACAUCUCUGUUACAACCCGGCUGCUACAACUGGACAGAGUACUACCAACACGUAGAGGGAGACUUCAAAUGUGCAAUCAAGGAGGAGGUUACACUGACCAGUGGAGAAUGGGAAGUGCUGGCAAGACAUGGUUCGAAGAUCUGGGUGAAUGAGGCAACAAAGUUGGUGUACUUCCAAGGCACCAAAGACACUCCUCUGGAGCAUCACCUCUAUCUUGUCAGCUAUGACUCACCUGGAGAUGUGCUCAGACUAACCAAGCCUGGCUUCUCCCAUAGCUGCUCUGUUAGCCAGAAUUUUGACUUCUUCGUCAGCCAUUACAGUAAUGUGAGCACUCCUCCAUGUGUUCAUGUCUACAAGCUGACGAGUUCAGAAUGCGACCCGCUCCUCGUCGUACCUGUGUUCUGGGCCAGCAUGAUGGAAUCACCAGGUUGCCCAGGAGAUUACAACCCACCAGAGAUUUUUGACUUUCCGGGAAAGUCGGGCUUUCAGCUUUAUGGGAUGGUGUAUAAACCUCACAACCUGCAGCCGGGCAGGAAACAUCCCACCGUUCUCUUCGUGUACGGAGGCCCACAGGUGCAAUUGGUAAAUAACUCCUUCAAGGGGAUGAAGUAUCUCCGUCUGAACACGCUGGCCUCUCUGGGUUACGCUGUGGUCGUCAUCGAUGGGAGGGGUUCCUGUCAGAGAGGCCUCGAAUUUGAAGGCGCUCUAAAAAACAAAAUGGGUCAGGUGGAGAUUGAAGACCAGGUGGAGGGGCUGCAGUACGUAGCUCAGAGGUUUAACUUUGUGGACCUGAGCCGUGUUGCCAUCCAUGGCUGGUCCUACGGCGGCUUUCUUUCUCUCAUGGGCCUCAUCCAGCGACCUAAUGUCUUUAAGCUGGCCAUCGCAGGCGCCCCGGUCACCGUAUGGAUGGCCUACGACACAGGCUACACUGAGCGUUACAUGGAUGUGCCUGACAACAACCAGCAGGGCUACGAGGAAGGAUCUGUGGCUCUGCACGUGGACAAGCUGCCCAGCGAGCCCAAUCGUUUGCUGAUUCUCCACGGAUUUCUGGACGAGAAUGUGCACUUUUUCCACACCAAUUUCCUGGUGUCACAAAUAAUACGUGCUGGGAAGCCAUAUCAGCUACAGGUUUACCCCAACGAGCGACACAGUAUUCGCUGCCCUGAGUCUGGAGAACACUACGAGAUCAUGCUGCUGCACUUUCUACAACAAUACCUCUGAAUUGAGACGACAGGGGAGAAUUGAAACCUGCUUUCCGUUCUGUCCUCUUUUACUCCCUCCGGCGCGUUGCCCACCCUUUUACUAUCCCAGGCCUCUCCACACCGACCCCACGUCCAGCUGUUCACCCCAUCAUCAAGAGACUAUCACACGCUCUGCAGCCUCUCUGUCCUAUAAACUACUCAUUUACCUUCUCUGUCACACUUUUGCGCUUGCUCUCUCUCUCUCUCCCUCCCCCUCCUUCUGUUACUCGCUUAUUUGUCCUAACUCCUCCGUGACCUCCCCCCAUGUACAGUCUGGUGUAUGGUUUAUGAGCACAGAGAUUCGGUGUCUCACCCUGAAAGCUGAACAAAGACAAGGACAUAUGGAGAAAAAUGUGCAGGCUGUGUCACAUUGACUCAUGGCUCACCCGCGUCCUCAUCUCCACAACCGUGAUGGUUUUUGCCAAAUGUUACUGUUAUUCUCCCUCUCCCCUCCUACUUUAUUCACUUGAGCCAGUGGUAGGAACAGGGGUACAGUUCACUGAUAUUAAACGGAAUCUAUAAACACAUUUGCGGACAUGAGCUUAAACACUAUAUGUGAAGUUCAAUUUACAUAAAUAAUAAACAUAGACCUACAUAAACAGAUGUUCACUAGCACAGUUUAAAAUAACCUACAAACACUUACUGUGAGUCGUUCCUUGCAGUUUGAGUCACGAUAGAGAAAGGAAGCCAGAUCUUCCUCUGUCCACUUGUUUUAAUUGUGUUUGAAUAAAGUUUUAUGGGUUUUAUUGGUUUUAAUGAGUGCUGACAGAAGCUGCUCACGUUGUGCUCGGUUCCCUCCCUUUAUGUUACAUUGCUCAAGAUGUCUGCUUGCCUUCUUAACACAUAAUUUAUAAUUGCCAAAGUACCUCUUGAUUCUUGAUCUUGCUGGUAUUUCCUUUUUUUACUGCAAUAAAGACAACAGGAGGGUGAGCACUGGAGUCCUACAACAGCUUUGUACCACUGGGAUACAAUUUGUACAUGAUAAUAAAUAAAUGUAUAAAUCAGUGA